AUGGCGACAACACGACGGCGACACACGACGUCGACAACGCGACAGCGACAUGCAACGUCCACAACGCGACGGCGACAUGCAACGUCGACAAUGCAAGUCCCCCACCACACUCUCCCCACCCCAUUAGUCCCCCCCUCCACACACUCUCUCCUCACCACUCCUCCCCCCCUCCCUCUACAACACACUCUCCCUCUGUGUCUCUACCUCCCUUUUCUUGUCCCCACCCCCUUCAUUGUCCCUACCCCCUUCCUUGUCCCUACCCCCCCCCUGCUUUAA